UAUGGUCUGCAAACUAAUAACACACUACAGGAAGCUUGUAAGCUCCUCAAGAAUCUGACAGCUUCUGCCACACGGUUUUCAAAGCCAGCUCAGGUCAGCAUCAUCAACUCUCUAAUUUAUCUAAGUGAGCAGUUACUGAAGAUGCCAUUUCAGAACAGGAGCAACUUUGGAAAUCCUGUGAAUGUCUGCCCCUCUCAUCCACCCAAGGAAGCAGUGGCAUCUGGUCAAGAAAGUUGGGAGAACUCCAAGCAGGACUCAGAGCAGGUCGACGACAUGCUAGAAACGUCCUUGGUGGCGCUUGGGAAUAUCCAAGAAGCAUUUCUGCAGCUGAACCAGUCUCCUGUGUCUGCAGUGACCUUGACCUCUCCCACUGCCACCCUGAUGCUGAGCAGCCAAAACAUAUCCACUCUGCCUCUGAGCUCUUACACCCUGGGUUACCCAGCACCUGUGAAAUUGUGCUUCCCGUCAGCUUCAGCUUUGGAGGAGCUCCUGAAUAAACACCCAGCAGUUAACGUCCAAGUUACAGGACUAGCUUUAAAUCCCUUCAAGGAUUUUGGUGAUGGAAACAUUGUUGGGAGCAUUGGAAGCGUGUUACUAAGCUCUAAUCGUAAAUUGCUCCAAGUCCGUGAUUUAAUGGAAGAUAUCGAGGUAGGAGUUGGUUCGUAGGGAAUAAAUGACAUGGAAGGGCUUGGGAUAUCCUGGAGAAAAGGAUGGAGGAUGCAACGGCUUAAGGGAAGUCAUUUUAGAUUGAUUGGCAGCGCCGUUGUUCUGUUCUGAACAUCUUUCCUUGGGAACUUUUACAAAGAGAGUCCUUACCCUUAGAAAAAGUGUUUUAGGUCUUAGACUGUAUACUGUCCCUUCACCCCGGGAGUAAGUUAGCUACAGAUAUUCAAAGAGGAAGACUAGAAAAUUUCUCUACCUUAUCAGUAAAGGAGAUUGAAAGACAUUAAUGAAUGGACUGUCUUAACCUUGGAGGC